AUGGAGCGGGAUCUGAAAGGAUCUGAGACGCUUCUCAGUGGUUCGGUCCAGCUGAGCUUCCUUGUGAAAGCCCUGGCCGCAUUGGUAUUCACACCUCUCUCCGAUUAUAUUGGACGGAGGCCGAUAUUUGUCUCGGGCCUAGUUGCAUUAGUCAUGGGGUCACUCGCCUCUGCAUUCGCGCCGAAUGUUUACUGGUAUCUUGCGGCUCGGAGCAUCCAGUCGCUUGGCGAGGCCGUUGAGCCACUCGUCUUUGCCACCAUCCGCGACUGCUUCCCAGACAUGCAAGAACGGCUGCUGUGCAUGUCUGCCGUUGGAUCGAUGUCCUUGAUUGGUAAAGCAAGCGCACCAGUCCUUGGAGGAAUCAUGGCCGAGGCCACGCACUGGCGGCUGCCUUUUCUCGCCUUGUCUCUGGUUUGGACCGGCUUAGCGUAUUGGGGAGCCCGAUAUCUUUCAGAAAGCAGCCCUGAGACUGAGUACUACAGCUAUUCCAGCAGGCUGGCACGUGUGCUCUCUGAUCCAUGGCUUGUGACGAUACUUCUUACGCAAAGUGGCAUCUACGGGACUUACUACUCAUUCACUGCGAACAUCAGUUACAUUGCGGAAAAUGUCUACAACCGGAGUGUCGCCACGACCUCUUACCUUAUAGCUGGUUUUUCUGUGUGCUCCACUGUUGGCAUACCUGUGGCACAGAUCUUUCGCAGCUCCAGCAUCCUGCGAACAGCACAAGUGUGGGUGACAGCCUUUGGUGUGGGCAGUGGCCUGAUCUUCUUGCUGGCAGCCUUCCUAUCCGACAAGCUUUGGAGCUACACUGGCAGUUCCAUGAUCAUGGGCUUCUGCUACACCUGCUGCAUUCCUUUGUCCGUGAUGUACCUGGAGCCUGUGUCCGACAUAGCAGGCACGGCAACCGCCCUUCUCGUCUUUGCGCAAGGAGGACCGCCUGCCGUCUUCUCCGCAAUCGCGACGCAGUGUGCGAUCUGGGAUGGCCAGCGAGGCAUCACAGCCUUCCAGGCUGCAAGCGCUCUGCUGACAGCGGCGGUCUUCUGGCUGGGCCUGGGCGGCUCCCGGGACGCCUCGGGCCUUGGACAUGGCGUUGAUCCGGAAGGAAAGGCGGCAAAGUGA